AUGAAUGUUCUAUUAAUAAUUAUUUGUAUUGUUCUAUUCAUUAAUGGAUUAUUGAUUGCUAUUUGUCUUGUUCGAUAUUCAAGUAUAUUCAGAAAAUCUUCAUUGAAUUUGAUAGAUUCUAAUCUUGUUAAAUCUCAAGUAAAACCAUCAUCUAUGAUAUCUCAUUCAAAUCCUAUAAUAAAUAAUUUUCAAUCAGACAAUCAAAUUAUUCGUGAAGAAAAAAAACCAUCGAUUUCUAUUUCUCGAACAUCAUCAUUACUUGUGCCAUCAAAAGUUUUAUGGAAAAAUGAAAAUUUUAUUUCUGAUGAAUUUUUACAAGAUACUAAACAUCAUCAUGAUUAUUCGGAAUGCUUAAGACUUGGUUCUGUACUUAUUGAUAGACCACUUGGUAUUGCUAUGCAACCAUUAGAUGCUAUGGGACCAGUACUCAUGAAAUUCAGUAUGUGUGAACAACAUUGGAUAAGACCUGAUGAUCAUUGA